AUGUUUUAGAAUUUAAUAACGACAAUUCUCUAAUAGCUGCAUCUUGAUAUAAAAAAUAUUAAAAUUUGGAAAUUUAAAGAUGGAUAGAUGAUUGAUUAAAUAUAGUUUUGACUGGUCAUGAAAAUGAUUUUUUUUGAAUUUUAUUUCGCAAAUAAAUUAUUUGGAUUGUAACUAGUGAUUGAAAUAACCAACUAAGAAGUUUGAUUCAGAAACAAGGUUUUUUUUUGGAACAACCUAAUGGGAAAGCUCUUAACCACUAAAAUAGCUUUAAUCAUUAAUAUUAUGCUUGUAUCUAAAUUAAAAUGAAGAUGAAUGAAUAUCUGGAAGUGGAGAUUAAACUAUAAAAGUAUGGAAAGUGGAUUGUUAAUCAAUUAAAAUUGAAUUCUAAUAUUUCCUUUAGAAGCAUUAAGAUUAUGUUGAUAAAGUAAUCCUAAAUUCUAAUUCAAAUGGUGUCUUGUGGAUGGGAUUCAUAAAUCAUUUUAGGGAAAAAGGAUUGUAGUAUGGCAUAGUAAUUUAAAUAUAUUUUUUAAUAAUCUAUUCAAGACAUUGGAAUGAGUAUUAGAUUUUUAGAAGAUGAUACAAUAGUUUGGUGUUAAUUUAAUUAACCAUUUUUACAAGUUUUCAAAUUAUAAAAUAGAACAUUUUAAGAAAGAUUUGAUUUGAAAGUUUAAUUAAAAGAACUUAUUAUAGAAAUGACUUUUUCGACUUUAAUUUGUUUUAGUUACAAUAUUUAUCAAAAGCAAAAGUUUUUAUUUCAAGUCAAUUAAAAAUGUAUAUUAUAUGAAAGAAUACUCAACUAAUUUUUCUUUGCAAUCCUAUUGAUUUAUAAUCAAUGUUGUAGGAAUAUAACAGAUGAUGGAAGAUAUUUAGUAAAUUGGAAUAAAAAGUAGAAGUAAUUGUAAAUUUAUAAAAUUUAAUAUGAAAGAAAACUUUAAUUAUAUCUCUUUCUCAAAACUUUAAUUUGUUUUUAUAAUUGA